AUGGCUUCUGAAUUAUUUUUAUCAAUUUACACAGAUUAUUUGUCGCCUUUCGCAUAUUAUGUUCAGGCGACUGCUCUUCGAAGUGAUAAGUUAGCUCCUUAUUUCAAAGGUGCUACUGUCAAUAAUAUUUUAUUCAUGACUGCAAGUUUCGUACUUGUUUCCAUUUUUUUUUUAUACACUUUAUACAAAGCUAUGUAUAUAAGUCCUCGACAAAAUGAACCUCCAUUGGUCCCUUAUUGGAUUCCAUUUCUUGGCUCUGCCGUAACUAUGGGUAUAGAUCCUAUUAAAUUUUACAGAGAUAGGCAAAAAGAGUAUGGGAAUUAUUAUACGUACAUUCUAUUUGGUAAAAGAAUGGUUACUUGUUUAGGUGCUGAGGGGAAUAAUCUUGUUUUUAAUGCAAAACUCGCCGAAGCUUCUGCUGAAGAAGCUUACAGAUCGUUGACCGUACCUGUAUUUGGAAAGGGUGUCGUCUAUGAUGUGCAUAAUUCUGUUUUAAUGGAACAAAAAAAAUUUGUUAAAGCAGGUCUUUCGGUAGACAAUUUACGUGCUUAUAUUCUAAUGAUAGAGGAAGAAUCUAAAAAUUAUCUUUCUCGAUGGAAUAAGAAAUCUGAUAUUCAAGAUGUUCAUAAAGCAAUGGCAGAAUUAAUUAUUUUAACUGCUUCUCGAUGUUUAUUGGGUGAAGAAGUUCGUUCAAAAGUGGAUGAAUCAUUCGCUCAAAUAUUUCAUGACCUUGAUGGUGGAUUCCAACCA